AGCCAUAUAUAUAUAUUUUUUUUUUGUUUUUUUUUGUUUCUAUCUGUUUUCGAAGGGAAAAAAAAAUGCAAGAACAAACAACGAGUUCAAUUCCUGCUAAUUCUGUGCCGUCUAGCAGUGAGCGAUCUUCAAGUUCUGCUCCUCAACUUGAAGUCAAAGAAGGUAUGGAGAGUGAUGAGGAAAUUAGGAGAGUUCCAGAGAUGAGCGGCGAGCCAUCAGCCUCCGGUAGAGAGACCGGUUCAAACGCCGGUCCAGACCGGGUGCAGCCAGCAGGAGAGGGCCAAAGUCAGAGAAAGAGAGGAAGGAGCCCAGCUGACAAAGAAAACAAAAGGCUGAAGAGGUUGCUGAGGAAUAGAGUGUCAGCACAGCAAGCAAGGGAGAGGAAGAAGGCUUACUUGACUGAGUUAGAAACAAGAGUUAAAGAUUUGGAAAAGAAGAAUUCUGAGCUUGAAGAGAGGCUUUCUACUUUGCAGAAUGAGAAUCAAAUGCUUAGACAUAUAUUGAAGAACACAACAGCGAGCAGGGGAGGAGGCAGCAGCGGUACUAAUGCAGAUGGGUCUUAGUGAGGGAUGGUAAUGUACAAGAGUGCUUAGCAGAGAGAUACUUUCAGAUAAUAUUAUCCCCUAGUCGAUUAUCAUGCAUGGAAGUAGUGUGACUAUAGGACAAUGGCCAUUUUGCCUCUUAGUUCUAUUCCCCCCCUCAAAGCUUGCACCAUGGCAAAUUCAUUAAUUUUAGAUCUGCAAUGGGAUGUGCGCACUGUGAUGCAGAUGGUGCAUGCCCUGGAUAACAAGGAUGUAUUCUUUCAGCAGUCUGACCAUGUUUUUCAUACGCUGAAAGUAUAUGAAAAUGCCUUGGGGCAGCAUGUGAAUUUGGGAAAACAGAGUUUACAUUUAGCCGAAAUGAAACAUUCGCUUUUAUGGGGAUGGUAAUGUCAAUAUACGGCAUCUGAAACUUCUAGUUUUUUAGGGUCAACCUUUUGAUUUUACUCUAACGUAUUCAACACUCUGUGUCAACAUGCGGCAUCCUCCCCUGUCGGGAUGUGUCAAGAUAUAUUCAGAUGUGGCCGCCUUCAGACGUGGUAGUUUUGAACUGGGUGCUUUGGUGUGUAAUAAUUCGGGAGAAUUCAUGUGAGUUAUUUGAUGUAAAGGUCCUGAAUAUGAAUGUUCUGGAUGAUCUUGGGGGAAGCUUCGGGUGCUCUGCAAUGGUGUCACACCAGCUUUUGAUAUUGGAUAUAUCAAGAGUUCAAUCUCGUUCUUUGUUAUAUGGAUUUGGUUUAUUAUUGUUUUAUUAAAAAAAAAAACUUUUAAUUA